UCCGAUAUAGACUAUGUGGUCAGAAUGUGGUGACUGGGGAGCUUAACAACAUCCACUCCACAUGGGCAAACUCCUAAAACACACAACUCCAACGUAACAGAUUUCCAAUAAUGGAGCUGCGUUGCUUGCCGUCACUCAAUAUACCUCCAACUGGUUUAACAGAGAAGCCAUUUUUGUGUGGACACCCUGUUACAUUGAUUCACACUAGCACUAAGAGAGCCCCAAAUUCCAAGAACCUUAAGCCCCUUCGUUUCAGAGCUCAAAUUACAGCAAAAAUUAGCUCAUUGGAACCUCAAGGAACUGCAAAAGAUGUCAAAUCAAAAGAUGGAAAUCUUGUUUUUGUUGCCGGUGCAACUGGUAGGGUUGGUUCUCGGACUGUAAGGGAGCUUUUGAAAUUAGGCUUUAAAGUUCGAGCGGGAGUUCGGAGUGCUCAAAGAGCUCAACCUCUUGUCAAAAGUGUUGAGCAGAUAAAACUUGAGAAUGCUGCGGAUGGAGGAGCAAAAGCUAUAGAAAAGCUUGAAAUUGUGGAAUGCGAUUUGGAGAAAAGUGAUCAGAUUAGGCCUGCACUGGGCGAUGCAUCAAUUGUUAUAUGUUGCAUUGGUGCCAGUGAAAAGGAGAUCUUUGAUGUUACUGGACCAUAUCGAAUUGAUUACCAGGCCACUAAAAACCUUAUUGAUGCAGCAACCAUCGCAAAAGUUGACCACUUUAUCUUGCUCACAUCUUUGGGAACAAACAAGGUCGGUUUUCCUGCAGCCAUUCUCAAUUUGUUUUGGGGAGUCCUCAUUUGGAAAAGGAAAGCAGAAGAGGCACUGCUUGCCAGUGGACUUCCUUAUACUAUUGUGAGACCUGGAGGAAUGGAACGUCCCACUGAUUCUUUCAAGGAAACUCAUAAUAUUACUCUUUCGGAGGAAGAUACUUUAUUUGGUGGUCUCGUGUCAAACCUUCAGGUGGCAGAACUAAUGGCGGUUAUGGCCAAAAACCGUAGCCUUUCAUACUGUAAAGUGGUUGAAGUAGUUGCAGAAACAACAGCACCGUUGACCCCCAUGGAGGAUCUUCUUGCAAAAAUUCCCUCCCAACGUGUUGAGGUUUCCCCGACCAAGGAAUCUGGUGAUUUACAAAAGCCUACAACUUCAAGCAGUAUUACGUCUCAGAUCCCUGAUACCUCGCUCAAGAAAAAACCUGCUGAAACAAAGUUGAAAGCAGCAGUACCACUCUCUCCAUAUACUGCUUAUGCAGAUCUUAAACCGCCUACAUCUCCUAGUCCAAAUCCUCCCGGUGGUCAUCAAGAAGGUGCAAGUGGAGAAGAAGAGACCAAACCCACUAAGGAAGCCCCUUCUAUUGUUGAUAAAACUUUUGACAAAGAAGAAUUUCUGACUACAAGGCCUUUGUCUCCAUACGCUGUUUAUGAAGACUUGAGGCCACCUACAUCUCCAAGUCCAAGACCGAGUGGUCCGAAAUCCUCAAGUACUGUGGAAGUAACAUCACCAGUCACUGGAGGCAACAAUGUGGCAAUCCAUAGUGCUACCAAUUCCGCCAAGGAGGAUUCGUCAAAAAAAUUAGCUUCCUGUCAUUCUCCCUUCCCUGCGUAUGAGGACUUCAAGCCUCCAAGUUCUCCAACGCCAUCUUUCAAUAAAAUGUGAAGGGCUGGAAUCUAGUUCUGUUUUGUUUCAAGGAAUAAAUAACUAGCUGUAUCUCGGCAAGCUUAUUGCGUAAUGCAUCAACUCAAAGAAUUACAGUUGGAGCAAUUUUUGAUGUCUUUAUUUUGUUCUUUCCCUUGUAUUUGAUUUGCUGGUGUCAACUUGCAUACUGUCAACUGUUAACUCUUUUAGCAUUCACAUGUUAUUGUAUAAAAUGAGACCACAUUUUCCUUCUUUA